UGUCCCCGUGGGGCUCCUGCAGCCCCGGCCGCCGUCAGGUGGAAGGAGACAGGUCAGCGGUGGCUGCCCGCCCGAGGGGGGCGGAGCCUGUCGGAGGCCAGCGCCGGGCCGGGGGGCAGCGGGCGGCCGGGACCCCGCACCCCGUCCUGCGCGCGGCCCGCCCCGCGACCCUGGGCACGACUCCGCGCCCUCCGAGCCGCGCCGUCCCGGGCAACAGGUGAAGACGCCCCGGCCCGCGGCUCCCCGGCGGGGCGGUCCCUCCCCGCGCGCCCGGCGCCCGCCCCUCUCCACGCCCCCUCCCCUCCUCCCGGCCUCCGCCGCCAGCCUGGGCCGCCCGGCGGCCUCCCCCAGCUCCGGCCCGUCCUUCUCCGCUCGCGCCCCCUCGCCGCCCGAGAGCCCGCACGCCGAGGAGCCGGGGGCGCCGCGCACCCGCUGGACACGCGCCGCCGCGGGACCCGCCCCGGUUGGCGCCCCUGCGCGCCCCCUCCCCCGCGCCCGCCGCGCGCCCCUCCCCCGCGCCCGGGUCCCGGGGGCUCCCGGCCGCGCGUCCAGCCCCCGACGCGCUGGGGGUCCCGGCGGAGGGGCCAGCCCGGCAGAGGCGCGACGAUGGAGGAGCAGCCGCGCACCCGCCCGCACACCGUCACCACCACCGCCAGCUCCUUCGCCGAGAACUUCUCCACCAGCAGCAGCAGCUUCGCUUACGACCGGGAAUUCCUCCGCACCGCGCCCGGGCUGCUCAUCGUGGCGGAGAUCAUUCUGGGACUACUGGUAUGGACACUUAUCGCCGGAACGGAAUACUUCCGGGUCCCUGCAUUUGGCUGGGUCAUGUUUGUAGCUGUAUUUUACUGGGUCCUCACCGUCUUCUUCCUCAUCGUCUACAUAACGAUGACCUACACCAGGAUCCCCCAGGUGCCCUGGACAACCGUGGGUCUGUGCUUUAAUGGCAGUGCCUUCAUCCUGUACCUCUCGGCCGCUAUUGUGGAUGCAUCGUCCGUCGCCCCGGAGAGGGACAGCCACAACUUCAAUAGCUGGGCGGCCUCCUCGUUCUUCGCCUUCCUGGUCACCAUCUGCUACGCUGGAAACACAUAUUUCAGUUUUAUAGCUUGGAGAUCCAGGACCGUCCAGUGAUUAGCCAUUUUGAGAAUUAUGGGGGGGGGGGGGGUGGUAAGGACUCCUCUCACUGUAAAAACAGCUGUAGGUAUACUGUAUAUUUCCAGAGAAUUGUAUUUAACUAAUGUUUUUAUAUACUUAGUUAAAUUUUGCUCACGGUGGUUUGUUACAAUGAAACUGGACCCCUAUCUGCAAAGAGCGAUAGGUCAUAGGUUGUAAUGACCUCUUCAGGGUCUUGUCAGAUGUCUUCGUAGACAUUAUUAUUAUUAUUUUCUUAGGUGAUGUAUACAUGGAUAACAUGCUAAUAUGAAGAAUGUGUCAAGUUUGUAAACCUUGAACUUUUAAAAUGCCAGAUUUUUUUCGAUUAAAUGUUUCAAAACCUUGGAUAA